CGGCUCCUAUGUGAUUAUGCACACUGCUGUACGGUUCUACAUUGGCGAAGUGCUUGACUUGUACAGGAAAGGUGCCAACAGUUGUUAUGGUUCCAUUCAAUCCACGACGAGUGUCUCCACAUUGUCCUUUCUCUCACUUCGAGUUUACCCUCCACUGGAGACUGCAGCUGCUGCUUCUAAUGCCGACGAGCUACCAGUACGAGAUCCAUACACAUGCUCCUGCAAGCAGCAUUCUCUAUCACAUUGGCAAAGGGGCUCUCAAAGCAACAAACUCACGGGCAUUGGAACUGUCCAAUGCCAAUGCUCGCCACUGGGUAGCGCUGACCGCACCACAGGUUAAGCAAAAAUUACCUAGACUCAAGAUUUCUGGGGGUAGGAUCACGAAAGCUGAAUUCUACUUAAUGCUAUAUCACAGAUACGUACAAUGGGUGUGUUUGAGAUGCAUCCGUCGUUACAUACCACUCUUGUUCACUGAGAUACUAUGUGUUCUUCGUCGUGUCACAUCUUGCUGCGGUGUCACAUAUGUCAGACCGUGUGACACGUGACAUGUCUGUCCGGAAUAGCAGAUUUUACACCCGAAAAAUAGCAGAUUUGAGAGCCAAAAUGAGGUCGAUGGGCGGACAGACAUAUGGGGGAGCUUCCGGGGGCCU